AUGAUCAGUCAGACAGCUCCAGGUACCCGCUUUGGGUUCCGUAGGGAUCAUGGCCGACAAAUGUCCUGGGGUAGACACGGCAUUGAUGUUAAUCCUGGUGGACGGGAUCUGCAUGAUCAGUUGGGAAAGCAUUUGGUCGGACAUCCAGUUGAUGAAGUCAAGUUUGAAGACGAACACCUGCAUCACGAUGAUGACGCAAUCGCCAAAUCCCUGUUUGAGAAGGAGCGCGUGCUGUGCUGGAUAAUGACGUCACCACAGAACCUAGAGUCAAAAGCACGUGUAGUUCGCGAUACGUGGGCUAAACGUUGCAACAAGGUUAUUUUCAUCAGUUCCACAACAGAUCCGAAGUUUCCAACAGUUGGCUUAAAGGUCGCUGAAGGCCGAGAGCAUCUAACAGCCAAGACAAUGCUAGCCUUUCGUUAUAUUUACGAGAAACAUUUUAACGACGCUGAUUGGUUCAUGAAGGCUGACGAUGAUACCUAUGUUAUAUUAGAGAACCUCCGAUACUUCUUAACGUCGCAGAAGAAGACGGAUCCUGUAUAUUUUGGCCACCAUUUUAAGACAAUCGUCAAACAGGGUUACUACAGCGGCGGAGGGGGGUAUGUACUGAGUAAGGAGGCUUUGAAAAGAUAUGGAAAGAAAGGUCACGACCCAAACAUAUGUCAACAAGAUGGCGGAGCUGAGGACGUAGCGUUCGGCAAAUGUAUGGCGAAUCUGGGGGUGAGGACAGUCAACUCUACAGACGCCCUGGGGAGGAGCAGGUUCCACUGUUUCGAACCUGAGGCCCAUCUGUUUGGAGUCUACCCUGAUUGGUAUUACAAAUACGAUGCCAAUGGUGCCCAAAAGGGAAUAGACAGCAUCUCCGACUAUGCCAUAUCCUACCACUACGUGCCGCCACAGAAGAUGUACGCUCUGGAGUUUUACAUCUACCACUUACGACCGUAUGGCAUUGUGUCCGGCACUCAAAAUCUCAACAAAAAACACGAGAAACCCGGAACUCAAGCUCACUAGACAUGCGUACUGGUACCCGGAAGUCAAGAGAGACAUGAGUAGUGGCACAACAUUAUUACUGUGAUCUGUGAAAUAUGUUGAAAUCAAUAACGCUUUUCAAUGUGAUUUAGUUUACUGGUGCCAGAAUCUGGUGAAUUUCUGUGAUUACUGAUUACCGGCUUAG